CGAGGCAAAACCAGCUAGCGGUUUAUUGCGCCCUCCCCUCUCUAUAUAUACUACCUGUCUACCUCAGCUCCCCCUCUCUCCAUCAGUCGCCAUUAUUCCAUUCCACACUGAAGAUCUCAGAAGCAAGCCAAUAGGCAAUAGCUAGAGGUUUCUUCCCUGCAGUGCUCAAAGAAGAGAGAGAGAGAGAGAGAGAGAGAGAGAGAGAUGAGGCUGGAGAGAGGUGGAUCAGGUGUUGCCGUGAAGCUAAUGAGCGGCACAGGCGGGGCGCCGCCGAGCCCAUGGAGGACGCCGACACCGUACAUCCUCCUGGGCCUCGCCUUCGUGAUGGGCGUCAUUGCGGUGGCGCUGCUCGUGCUCAUCUGCACGCGCAAGAAGACGCCGUCGUCAUCGUCGUCGGACGAGAAGGCGGCGGCGGACGCGGCGCGAGCGCUCGCGCCGCUAGACCGGGAGCCCAAGGUCGUCGUCUUCAUGCCCGGCGACCACGCGCCGUCCUUCCUCGCCAGCGCCAAGCCGCUCGGCGGUGACGACGGCACGGCGGCAGUGUAGACGAACCGAGCGGCAUCGAGCCGAGCCGGCGAUCGACGCGCGGCCAAUUUUGUGAAUAGUCUUUUUUUUUUUUCGUUUCCCCCAUUUGAUUGAGACUUUGAAAGGCGGCAGCUUUUGAAAUCAGUGAGAUUAAACGAAGUUUGGUUCGUUUCGGCGAA